AUGAAUGAAGUCAUGAACAGUGCUGAAUAUCCUGUUCUUGAAACCCAGCAGGAUUCGAAUAUUGUAGACGGCAGCGGACAUGAACAGACUAGGAAAGCACCCUACACUAUGCAUGGUGUAUUACAUUAUUUGCAACACGAAUGGAGCCGAUAUGAAAUGGAUCGAGCAGAAUGGGAAAUGGAAAGAGCUGAAUUACAAGCUCGAAUAAGCUUCCUUCAUGGUGAACGAACAGGACAAGAAAAUUUGAAGGCGGAUUUGGUCCGGCGCAUCAAAAUGCUUGAAUAUAGUUUGAAGCAAGAACGAGCUAAAAAUUACCGCCUAACUCACAAUGGUCAAGAAUACCCAGAAGGCGAAAUGAGCUCAGAUGAUGCAGCAGGUGCAGAAUCGAUGGAACAAGUGUCUCUCGACGUUGAUGCUUAUGCUUCGCAGUAUGAUAAAACCAACAAUUUUCGAAAUGCGAGAGCUUUGUUGAGGCAAUAUCUUAAGGAAAUUGGCUAUAGUGAAGCAAUUUUGGAUGUUCGAUCUUUUCGAGCCAAAAAUUUGUUUGGAUUAAAGUGCAAUUCAGAUAGGCCUGGUGAUUCUAACAGUCCGUAUCGGCAAAGUGCUGCAAAAGCUUUCCAUGAUACUGACCGGGCUGUUAUGGAAGCUGCUCAUUACCUUCAGAAAACAAAAGGAGAUAACGUGUUAACACUUGGAAGUGAUGAGAGUGAUUCGGAAGAUGAUGGAAAGGGAAGAAAAAAAAAUGCUCUUGAUUCAGAGACAAUAGAUGCUCUUGGUGAAUUUUCAUUCUUAAAUGAGAAAACAGGCUCGACCAAAAAGCGAUUGGAAGGAAGUGGUGAAUGGAGCAUCAAUCAGCAUGCCAUUGAUCAAAUGAAGGAAAGAUUCAGGUCUGAGCAAGAAAGAAAACGAAGUAAUAGUCAUGGUGAUUCAUUAUCUGGUAAAGGAUCAUCGCAGCAUGCGAUGGGAUCAGAAGACUUGAAAAAAGAGCCUUUUACAGAUGAUAUCAAGCAAUUUUUCGGCAGCAAAGGAAGAAGAGAAUUUUUAGACAUUAGUUCAAGUUUUGGAAUUGAGGAUGAAACAAAUAUUGACAUCAAGGACGACUUUAUUGCUAUUAGUCCAGAUGAAGACAUCACGAGCAUACGAUGGAAUUUAAAAUUCACGUUGCGGUCACAUUUUGACAGCAUUCGAGCCAUGCAGUUUCAUCCUGUGGAACCAGUACUUAUUACUGCCAGUGAAGAUAGCACUGCGAAACUCUGGAACCUUGGUGGUGGGAGUAUGAAAGUAGAUUUGAAAGGAAAUCAAAUCUCACCUCACUCUUCUUCAACAAUUACCGAGUUGGAGCCAACUUAUACGUUUCGUGGGCACAAUGGACCAAUUCUUUCAAUGGAUAUGUCGCCAACAGGAGACAUGUGUUACACUGGUGGAUUUGAUGGUUUGGUGUGUUGUUGGUCAGUGCCCUCAGUUAAUAAUGAUAUAUACGAACCAUACGAUUCGAAAGUGCUUAGUGAGAAACUUAGGGGGCAUAGCAAUGCGAUCUGGUCAAUUGCAUUUCAUUCCUCAGAUAAUCGUCUUGUAAGUGCUUCCGCAGAUGGAACUAUCAAACUUUGGGAGCCAGGAAAUACGGAAGCGCUUAUUAAAUCGUUUGGUCCACCCUUACCAAAUCUCAGACCUACAUCUGUUGACUUUGUUUCAACUGAACCUCAGCAACUGCUUGCAGCUUAUAACUCAUCAUAUGCUUCAAUCAUUGAUCUCGAGACUGGUUGCAAUAUACUCUCAUUUGAUUUUGCUGGUGAAGACGCAGGAACAGUCACAAAAAUAUUGUCACAUCCAACAAUGUCAGUAUCUUUAACUGCAAGCAACGAUAGAAAAAUUAGAUAUUUUGAUAAUAAUACCGGCAAAAUAAUCCAUGGAACCGUUGCGCAUGUCGAAGCUAUUUCAUGCUUAGCAAUUGAUCCGAAUGGUCUGUAUUUACUUUCUGGUAGUCAUGAUGGUUCUUUACGGCUGUGGAAUAUGGAAAAAAGAGUUUGUUUGCAGGAAAUCUCUGCGCAUCGCAAAAAAUUUGAUAGCGCUGUAAUGUCGGUUGCAUUUCAUCCGAGCAGGCCUCUAAUCGGUUCAGCUGGCGCUGAUGCUCUUGCAAAAGUUUUUAGUUCCCAGAAAUAUUUGCAUGACUACAAUUCAGAAUCCUAA